AUGGAUCAUAAAUCCUUCAUGGGAGCCGCUCAGAUCCUAUUGGACGAUCUGGACCUGUCCCAAAUGGUGAUUGGCUGGUUUAAACUGUUUCCUGCCACAUCAUUGGUGGACGCCGCCUUGGCCCCGCUGACCAAUAAGGAGACAGAGGGAAAGGGCGGCGCUGUUCGCCUCCGCCGCUUCGCUCUCCUCGACGCGGAACUGUCCGUGUGUCCCUCCGCGGGCCCUGGAUGUGUCCGCUGCGGCCUCUCCGGCUCUCGUUGUCCGCAGAAUAAAAGCAGCGAGAUGCGCGCGUGUGUGCACCUGCUGCGGGUGACGGUCCACGAGCGGAUCCUCGCGGCUGCCGAAGACGUUCUGCUGCGGCUGGAGAAAGGAGAUGAAGAAGAAGAAGGAGAAGAAGACAGGCCGCAGCUGAGAGCGCUGCUCACCGAGCGGCUCGCGGCGGCCGCGGAGGAGAUCAUCGCCCUGCUGGAGGAGACCGUGGCGGGGUACGAAGACAGAGCUGCGCGCUCCGAGCAGGAGAUCUCCCGCCAGAGGAGGCUGCUCCAGGCCGUGCUGGAGCCGGAGAGUCUCUGCAGAAGAAGAGAGGACCCCCAGAGUCUCUGCAGAAGAAGAGAGGACCCCCAGAGUUUCUGCAGAAGAAGAGAGGACUCCCAGAGUCUCUGCAGAAGAAGAGAGGACCCCCAGAGUCUCUGCAGAAGAAGAGCGGACCCCCAGAGCCUCUUGUCGGCUCUGAAGAAAACGCGUCUGAAGCCCAACAUGGCGACAACGACGCGUCCUGCCCGGCGAAGCCCCCCCCCCCCCCCAGCUGACUCUCCCCCCGCCUCCCCGAGCAGCGACAGUGACCACGACGACGACUGGACCAAUCAGAGCCGGGCUGCCACGCCUCAGAAGAGGAGGAAGAGAGGACGCCCGCCGCUCGCCAUCGCACGGGACAAACAGUUUCUGCAGAAGAAGAGAGGGCGCCCUCCGCUCGCCGUCACACGGGACCAUCAGAACGAGCGUAGACGAUCGCGAUCGGCGCCGCCGCAGAGCUUCAGCUGCCAAGUGUGUCAGCGCUCGCUGCCGGGGAAAGGCUUCCUGCUGCGACACGUCCUGCAGGCCUGCGCCGGGGACUCGGCCGGCGCCCGCUGCGGCUUCUGCGGCGAGCGCCUGAGCUCGGCGACCGAACUGGCGGCUCACCUGCAGACGCACCGCGACGGCUGCCGGACCUGCCCGUUCUGCGGCAAGCGCUUCGGCUCCAUCCUGGCGCGGGAGCUGCACGAGCGCCGCCACACGGGAGAGAAACCCUACAGCUGCGACGUCUGCGGGAGGACCUUCAGCCAGAAGGGAAACCUGGCGUCUCACGCCCGCGUGCACGCCGCCGAGAAGCCGUUCACGUGCACGGAGUGCGGCCGCGGCUUCUGCCACCGCACCUCGCUGGAGCGCCACGCGCGAGCGCACGCCGGCGGCGGCGGCGGCCGGGACGUGCACGCCUGCGGCGUCUGCGGCGAGGAGUUCGGUCAGCGGCGCGGCCUGCGGAGACACGCCGCCACGCAUCGGCAGGAGGCCGCCGCCACGGGCGCCGCCGGCACGCCGCAGAGACUCCGGCGCUGCAGAGUCUGCGGAGACGCCCACAGGACCAGGAGCGCCCUGCUGAAACACGCCGAGACACACCUACAGGACACUGACUCCGGUCUCCUCUGCGGUCUCUGUGGUCAUCAGUACGAGUCGGCCGGGGCCCUCUCCUCCCACCUCCUGUCCCACCACGGCGAGCUCGCCAACACGUGUCACGUGUGCGGUAAGAGCUUCCCGGCGGCCGCGGCGCUGCUGAUGCACCUGCGCGUCCACAGCGGCGAGAAGCCGUUCGGCUGCGGCGUCUGCGGCAAACGCUUCAACCAGAGCGGGAACCUGAAGACGCACGCCAAGAUCCACAGCGGCGAGAAGCCGUUCGGCUGCGAAGUCUGCGGCAAACGCUUCACGCAGAAACAGACGCUGCGCACGCACGAACGCUUCCACAAGAAGGAGCGCCGCUUCCUGUGUCAGGUGACCACUGUGGUGGAAGCUCUCCUUGAAGCAGCAGCGUUG